AUGGGAAGACUAUCAGUUCUCUCAGUCACCGACACAAAGCCAGUCACAGGCGCCUACUUCAUACUCACCCCCGUCUGUGUUGCCUUUCUCUACCUUGGCUACCGUAGGCUCCUUCCCCGACCCAUUCCAGGCAUCCCAUACAAUGAGUCGGCCACCCAUUCUCUCUUUGGCGAUAUACCUGAGAUGAUGAACUAUAUGGCUAGAACCGAAGAAGUCUGGCCGUGGAUCGCUGACCAAGUAACGAAGCACCAAUCACCUAUUGUCCAAGUCUUUGCUAGGCCUUUCGCCCGGCCUUGGGUCAUUAUUUCCGAUCACCGCGAAAGUUGCGACGUCCUCCUCCGAAGAACGAAAGAAUUCGACCGGUCUAAUUUUACAGCUGAUGUCUUCACAGGCCUGGUGCCAGACAUGCAUAUCAGUUUCAAAUCCACAGAGGAACAAUUCAAACUUCAUCGGAACCUGUUGAAGGACCUCAUGACUCCUGCCUUUCUCCAUGCAGUCACAGGCCCUCAGAUAUACGCCAACACCGAGACUUUCGUCAAGCUUUGGGACUUUAAGACUCAAGUGGCGCAGGGACAUGCGUUUGAGGCCAGCGAGGACAUCUACAACGUGGCGCUUGAUGUCAUCUUUGCGGCGGCAUUCGGGCUGGAAAUCCAGGAUAGCAACACGUUCGCGCAGCUGCAGCAGCUUUCGUCAGCGAAAAAUCUGGACCGUCCGCAGUCUCUCAGUGACCCAAUGCCAUUCCCUCAGUUCCACCGUCCGGCAACUUUCGAGGCCAUUGCAACACUCACAGAGUCUCUCGAAGUCUCAAUCAAGGCUCCUUUCCCUCGUUUCGCCCACUGGGUCUUACGCCAACUGCCUUACAUGCGAAAAGCCAGAGCCGCCAAGGAGAAGCUCUUCUCCGAUAUGGUGGAGGAGUCUCUCAGCAAGCUGUCUUCCGGGACCAAAGUAAAGAGAUCCGCCCUUGACGACAUCUUACAGCGAGAGACUGCGGCCGCAAAGAAAGAGAAUCGAAGCCCAGUCUAUCAUUCGCGAGCAAUUUAUGACGAGCUCUUUGGUUUCCUCAUUGGCGGUCACGACACAACGAGUACGACGCUCACAUGGACUGUCAAAUAUCUUACUGGUGCCCAAUCCGUCCAGACUAUCCUCCGCUCUCGCCUUCGAUCCGCCUAUGCCGCAGCGACAGCGGAACAACGUAACCCAACAAUGGAAGAGAUUAUCAAGAUUCCGAUUCCAUACCUUGACGCCACCAUUGAGGAGAUGAACCGAACAGCACAACUCUUCAAUGGGUCAAUUCGUACAACCACCGUGGACACCACACUGCUAGGCUACAACAUCCCCAAGGGCACAGACGUAUUUUUCAUGCAGAACGGGCCAGGAUAUCUCUCGCCUCCUCUGCCCGUCGACGAUUCGACGCGCAGCGCAUCCAGCUUGAACGCCAAAAACCAAGCCGGACAGUGGACACCGGACGAAGAGGACAUGAAGACGUUCCGACCCGAGCGCUGGCUUGUUCAGAAUUCGGAAGCUGGGAAGGAGGUCUUCGACGCGCAGGCUGGACCACACCUGGCGUUCGGACUCGGACCCCGGGCGUGCUUUGGUCGGCGAAUGGCCUAUCUGCAAAUGCGAAUCAUCCUGGUCAUGAUGCUCUGGAACUUCGAGCUAAGGAAGACUCCCGCCAAAGUGAGCAGCUCGGCGGCUGCGAACAAACUGGCGCGCCAUCCGCGAAUGUGCUAUGUGAGACUGGAGAAGGCAAAAUUCUAG